AUGGCGGAAAAAUGUGGAAAAAGCUUUGCUCAUAAUUCAACCCUCCAUGCACAUCAAAGGACUCACACUGGGGAGAAACCCUAUAUAUGCCUGGAGUGUGGACAGAGAUUUCCUCAGAAUGGAGGCUUACAAAUACAUCAAAGGACCCACAGUGGGGAGAAACCCUAUAAAUGCCUGGAGUGUGGACAGAGCUUUUCUGCUAGUUCACCUCUACGUAAACAUCAAAGGACACACACUGGGGAGAAACCCUAUAACUGCCUGGAGUGUGGACAGAGCUUUGCUGAUAGUUCAACUCUACGUAAACAUCAAAGGACUCAUACUGGGGAGAAACCCUAUACAUGCCGGGAGUGUGGACAGAGCUUUGCUCGGAGUGCAGGUCUGCAUUCACAUCAAAAGACUCACACUGGGGAGAAACCCUAUAACUGCCAGGAGUGUGGACAGAGCUUUGCUCAUAGUUCAAGUCUACGUGGACAUCAAAGGACUCACACUGGGGAGAAACCCUAUACAUGCCUGGAGUGUGGACAGACCUUCGCUCAGAUUGGAACUCUACAUUCACAUCAAAGAACUCACACUGGGGAGAAACCCUAUACAUGCCUGGAGUGUGGACAGAGCUUUGCUCAGGGUUCAGGUCUACGUUCACAUCAAAAGACUCACACUGGGGAGAAAGCCUAUAUAUGCCUGGAGUGUGGACAGAGCUUUGCUCAUAGUUCAAGUCUACGUGAACAUCAAAGGACUCACACUGGGGAGAAACCCUAUAAAUGCCUGGAGUGUGGACAUACCUUCAGUCAUAGUGGAUAUCUACGUAAACAUCAAAGGAUUCACACUGGGGAGAAACCCUAUACAUGCCUGGACUGUGGAAAGAGCUUUACUCGUAGUUCAGGUCUACGUUUACAUCAAAGAACUCACACUGGGGGAAAACCAUAGAAAUGCAUGGAGUGAGGACAGAGUUUUUCACAGAAUAACAUUAUACAUAGACAUCAUAGAAUUCACCCUGGAGAGAAUGGUGUUAAUUGACACCAGAGUGUCAUUCUAACACGUAGAAAAGCAACUCUUGCAAAUUUUGGAAAUGCAAGCUCAAAGUUGGGACAUUUCAUCACAUGUGGUGUAUUGUAGAAAGAUUGUUCCCUCACUUAUCCCGGGGGUUAGGUUCCAGUACCACUCGCAAUAAGUGAAAAUCCGCGAAGUAGGGAUGCUAUAUAUUUAUACAUUAUUUUAGUAGUUAUACACUAUUUUAAGUCUUUAUCAAGAAAUCAUGUGUUGAUCAAUCGCCUCCUUCUCCUCUUGUUGCCGCUUGGGCUCCUUUUCUCUCCCUUUGGCUUCUCCUUCCUCCCUUCCUUAGGCUGUACAUUGUAAUUUUUUUAUAGUAGUCUUUUAGAGUUUAUUGAAAAACCGCAAAACAGCGAAUCCGCAAAGAGCAAAGUAGUGAGGGAACUCUGUACGUUCCAUUCUGGAAGUAAUUAUAUUAUCUAAAGGGAGUAGAAUAAUGAGAGAUAAAAAUUAACAGAUAGAACGAGGCCUUUAGGCAUGUAUCCCUGUCGUUUGUUAGUU